AUGGAUUUUGAGAGCACGUCGCACACCACCCGGCCGACUCCUCGUCGAUCGCUUGGAUCAAGAUUGUUACCAAAAUUGGGCCACUCUAGCUGGUGUUUCAGCGCUGACCAAGAAAACCAGCGCUCAAGCCAAGAUUUGGGCAAAAGUCAAAAGGUCAAUCUUACCAUCCAAGGUCAUCUCUAA